CAGGAGAGACCCUUGCUCUGCCUGGCAGCCCCAGGAGAGGCUCAGAGAGGUCACCAUGGCAGGAUCGCUUCUCUUGUCCCUGCAAUUCCUGCUACUGACCUUAGUCCUGCGAUCUGCGGGCCAAGAAGGUGACAAGAGUGGGGAGAAGAUUAUUGAUGGAGUCCCAUGUACAAGAGGCUCUCACCCCUGGCAGGUGGCCCUGCUCAAGGGCAAUCAGCUCCACUGUGGAGGUGUGCUGGUCAAUGAACAGUGGGUGCUCACUGCUGCCCACUGCCUGAUGAGUGAAUACAACGUGCACAUAGGCAGUGAUCAGCUGGGUGACAAUAGAGCCCAGAAGAUCCGUGCCACAAAGUCAUUCCGCCAUCCCGGCUACUCCACUCAGACUCAUGUUAAUGACCUCAUGCUUGUGAAGCUAAAUAGACGAGCCAGGCUAUCAUUGAAUGUGAGGAAAGUCAACCUGCCCUCUCGCUGUGAACCCCCUGGGACCACAUGCACUGUUUCUGGCUGGGGCACCACCACCAGCCCUGAUGUGACCUUUCCAUCAAAGCUCAUGUGCACGGAUGUCAAGCUCAUCUCCGCCCAGGAUUGCAAGAAGGUUUACAAGGACCUACUGGGAAAAUCCAUGCUGUGUGCUGGCAUCCCCAACUCCAAGACCAACACCUGCAACGGUGACUCAGGGGGACCACUGAUGUGCAAAGGUACCCUGCAAGGCCUGGUGUCCUGGGGAACUUUCCCUUGUGGCCAACCCAAUGACCCAGGGGUCUAUACCCAAGUCUGCAAGUAUGUCAAAUGGAUAAAUGAGACCAUGAGAAAACAUUGCUGAUCUCUGCAUGCUUCCCACCUCUCCAUCCAUACACCCUCAAUAAGAAAUUCACAGAAAUAAGGACGUGAUGAACUGUAGUCUUAUUUGACCUUGCCUUUCCUCAAAGACAAAUUUACGCCUCAGCAAUA